UUGUGAGUUUAAAACGUUAACGCGUUGGUUAUUGAUGGCGGCGUAACAAACGGAUGGUUACAUAUGAAGUGAAGUGAAGUAAUGAUGAACAUAGUGCUUUCAUAUCUAUAAAAAAAUAACACUUUUCCAUAGUGUUGUUAUUGUUAUUGUAUUGGAGCGUAUUUAAUGCUUUAAAAAACAGAAGAAAAAAGGACCCAGGAACGUAUGUUAUGAAUGUGCAGAAAAGAUUACAAAUGAUCCACACCUUUCACUUCUAAGUUCGCGAAUGAUCAAAUUUCACUUAAGCAAGUUACAGUGAAAUAACUACGAGUUUGCAACUGAAACAAACCCAUCCCCCCUCGGUCGAAAUACUAAAAGAAGGUUUUCUAUAAAUCAGUUUUUUCUUUGUAAAUUUACUUUGAUAAAAAAUAAAAAUAAAGGAGGGAACAGUCGCAAAACGAAAUUAGAGCAUUUCGUUCGCUUUCUUAUGUUAAUUGUAACCGGAAGCUUAUGAACUAGCUCAACGACAAUAAUCUCAACGACAAAUUCAUCUUAAGUAAAACAAGCGUACUCAGAAUACACUGAGCGUAGAAACGUAACAUAAUGAUUAAAUUGUUUUGUGGCGGCACCGCCAUUGGCAGUCGCUUCUCCCUUAUCACUAUAAUUAGCUUCAUAUUUUUAUUCAGCUUUAUUUAUGUAUUGCCUAUCAACGCGCAGAGGCAUGCUGGUCGUCGAGAUCGUCCUCGCAAUCCACCGCGCACGUACGUAAAAACGCAUCCCUGUGAACGUUCAUCAUGUUACCCAGCCACUGGCAAUUUAUUAAUUGGUCGAGAAAAUCGCUUAACAGCCUCAUCGACUUGUGGUCUGCAUUCACCAGAACGUUUUUGCAUACUUUCGCAUUUACAAGAUAAGAAAUGUUUUUUAUGUGAUACUCGUGAAGAAACUCGUAAUGAUCCCUAUAAAAAUCAUCGAAUUGGUCAGAUUAUUUACAAAACUAAACCUGGUACGAAUAUACCCACUUGGUGGCAAUCGGAAAAUGGUAAAGAGAACGUGUCGAUACAACUUGAUUUGGAAGCAGAAUUUCAUUUUACACAUUUAAUUAUGUCGUUCACGACUUUUCGUCCUUCUGCCAUGUUCAUUGAACGUUCCUUUGAUUUCGGUGAAACCUGGCAAGUGUAUCGUUAUUUUGCUUACGAUUGCGCUGACUCCUUUCCAGGCGUGCCGACCAUUUUGCGUAAUAUAAGCGAUGUUGUAUGUACUUCACGUUACUCGAACGUCGAACCAUCACGUAACGGUGAGGUUAUUUUCCGCGUUUUGCCUCCUAAUAUUAACGUCUCCGAUCCUUACGCUGCCCAUGUUCAAAAUAUGCUCAAGGUUACUAAUCUGCGCGUAAUAUUUCAAAAAUUACAUAAACUUGGGGACAACUUGUUAGAUAAUCGUUUAGAAAAUGAAGAGAAAUAUUACUACGGCAUAAAUUAUAUGGUUGUCCGAGGUUCUUGUCAAUGUUAUGGACAUGCAUCACAAUGUCUGCCUUUGGAUACUGCCGAGCACAACGAACUUGAUAUGGUUCAUGGCCGUUGUCAAUGCACUCACAACACUCGAGGCUUAAAUUGUGAGACUUGUGAGGAUUUCUUCAAUGAUUUGCCUUGGAAACCGGCUUUGGGUAAACAAACUAAUGCUUGUAAAAAAUGUGAAUGUAAUGAUCAUGCUGUCAGUUGUCAUUUCGAUGAGGCUGUAUUUGAAAAAUCUGGUCGUAUAUCGGGCGGUGUAUGCGACAAUUGCUUACAUAAUACCAUGGGUCAACAUUGCGAAGAAUGCAUGGCAUUUUUCUACCGCGAUCCGUCGGAGGAUAUUCGCAGUCCUUACGUCUGUAAACCGUGCGAUUGUGACCCGAUUGGCUCUUUGGAUGAAGGAAUUUGCGAUUCUGUGAAUGAUCCAGAUAAUGGCAUAGAAGCUGGCUCUUGUCAUUGUAAAACAAAUGUUCGUGGCAGACGUUGCGACACUUGUAAAGAUGGUUUCUGGAAUUUGGAUCCUGAAAACCCGGAAGGCUGCGAAGCUUGUAGUUGUCACACUUUGGGUACCGUUGACAAUACCGGAUGUAAUAUGUUCACAGGAGAAUGUACAUGCAAGCGUUUGGUUACUGGAAAGGAUUGCAAUCAAUGUGCUCCGGAAACAUUUGGUCUAUCUGAAUCCGAAGACGGUUGUUUACCAUGUGAUUGUGAUGCGGGCGGUUCUUAUGAUAACUUCUGCGAUGUCAUUACUGGGGAAUGCCGUUGCCGUCCUCAUAUGACGGGUCGCGCAUGUUCUCUGCCUAAGCAAAAUUAUUUUAUACCUCAGCUUCACAUAAUACACGAAGCAGAAAUUCCUGACUUAUGUAUUUCUAAUGUGAAUAAUGCCAAUUGUUCUACGGUGCCCUUCCAACCUAGCGUGGACCGCACGCCUGAUUGGACUGGAAUCGGUUUCGUACGGGUACCAGAAAAUUCUGAGUUGGUCAUUACAGUGAAUGAUAUACCACGGUCAAUGCCAUACGACGUAUUAAUACGGUAUCAAACAACCUCGCGUGGGGAUUGGGAAGACGCUUUUAUCACAUUGGUUCGUCCGGAUGAAGUCGACCCUAAAGGCGAUUGCGCGUCUAUGGUUCCUUACGGUUCCAGUGCUCGUGAAACUCGGAUACCUUUUCUCUUGUCUGAUCAUGAGAGACAAGUGUUGGCUAUGAGAGAAAUCUGUCUUGAAGCUGGAAAAGUCUACAAAUUCAAAAUCCAUUUUGAGCGUAGACGGCACAAUGAGGAUAAUCCAACGGCCACCAUACUUGUUGAUUCUCUGACUCUAAUACCGCGUAUUGAACUCACAACUGUAUUUACCGGUUCACCAAUUGCCGACUCCCGUCGCGAUGAAUAUUAUCAGAUGGGCUGUAAUCAAUCGUUGUACGAUAUACGUUACCGACCUUAUGCCAGCGAGCGUUGCAAAGAAUUAGAAAACUAUGUAAGCAUGGUUAUAUACGAUGGCGCAAGCAUGUGUAAUUGCAAUCCAACUGGUUCACUCAGUAAAGAAUGCGACGCUCAUGGUGGCUUCUGUCAAUGCAAACCUAACGUUGUGGGACGUCAGUGCGACCAAUGUGCACCAGGCACGUACGGUUUUGGCCCAGAAGGCUGCAAGGCUUGCGACUGUAAUAGUAUAGGUUCUAGAGACAAUAAUUGUGAUGUAGUAACAGGCCAGUGUGCUUGCCAUCCCAAUACAUACGGCCGCGAGUGUGAUCAAUGUCAACCAGGUUUUUGGAAUUUUCCAAACUGUCAAGCCUGUGAAUGUAACGGCCAUGCUCAGCAAUGCGAUGCCCGAACAGGGCAAUGCUUAAACUGCAUGGAUUUCACCACAGGUUAUGCAUGCGAUGCCUGUUUAAAUGGUUACUAUGGUAACCCAUUUUUGGGUAGUGAAAUUGGUUGUCGUGCUUGUCGAUGCCCGGACACUAUGGCCAGUGGUAACGCUCAUGCGGACGGCUGCUCUUUAGAUUUGCGCAAUAACAAUAUGAUCUGUCAUUGCCAAGAAGGCUACGAUGGAUCACGCUGCGAUGUAUGCGCUGACAACUACUUUGGCGACGCCGAAGAACCAGGGGGAUCUUGCCAAAAAUGUAACUGCAGCAACAAUAUCGAUAUUUAUGAUACCGGUAACUGCGAUCGUCGUAUGGGGAAUUGUAUAAAAUGUUUGUACGACACUACUGGUGAUCAUUGCGAGUUGUGCCGUGAUGGAUAUUUCGGCGACGCUUUGCAACAAAAUUGCGUUCCUUGCGAUUGCGACUUCCUGGGUACAAAUAAAACCAUACAAUAUUGUAACCGUUUUAGCGGGCAAUGCCCUUGCUUGCCCAAUGUAAUGGGUCUUCGUUGCGAUGAAUGCGCUGAGAAUCAUUGGAAGAUUGCUUCCGGAGAGGGAUGUGAAGCUUGCGAGUGUGAUCCGAUUGGCGCUCUGUCGGAGCAGUGUAAUCGUUAUGAUGGUCAAUGUGAUUGUAAGUCUGGUUUCGGAGGUCGGGCUUGUAAUCAAUGUCAAACUAAUUACUGGGGUAAUCCCAACGAAAAGUGUCAACCUUGCGAUUGCGAUCCCUAUGGCUCAGCCGAUUUCCAGUGUGAUCGAGAGACUGGCCAAUGUGUUUGUCAUGAAGGCAUCGGAGGUUACAAAUGCAACGAAUGUGCCCGCGGUUAUUUGGGUGAAUCUCCUCACUGUAUGCCAUGCGGUGAAUGCUUCAGUAAUUGGGAUUUGAUACUUAAAGAGCUCGAAGAAGCUAGUAUGCAUGCAAUACAGCGUGCAAAAGAGAUAAAGUUGAUCGGAGCUACUGGAGCAUAUACAGCUGAAUUCAACGCGUUGGAUACGAAAUUGCAAAAUAUAAGAAACUUAUUGCAAAAUACUUCUGUUAGCUUGCAGGAUAUGGACACCUUGGACAGUGAAGUUAGCGAACUAAAACGCAAAUUAAGCGCAGCUCACCAAAAGCUGAUUGAUACUGAAAGCAAUUUGGAUAGCAUUUAUUCGUCGCUUAGUUUGUCAGCCGCGGAGCUGGAAACUUUACAGAACCAAUCGGCUUUGGUCAAAAAAUUAUCGCAAGAGUUAAAAGAGAAUGGCAUACAACUGCAAGAAUCCAAUAUUGAAGGUGCUUUGAAUUUGACACGAAAUGCCUACGAUCGAGUUUUAGACUUAACGAAUGUAAAAAACGAAGCGGAGGAUUUUGCUGCUAGUACUGAUCGCAACUGCAAACGAGUCGAAACUUUAGCAAACAAAAUGAAAGACGAGUCUUCCGCGGUAACGGCGAACGAUGAUCUCAUCGAUCAGUAUCGCUCAGAGCUUUCUGCGUUGACUGCCAUGAUACCAGAAUUGAAUAAUGAGGUUUGCGAUCGUAAGGGUGAUCCUUGCGACAACAUUUGUGGUGGCGCCGGAUGUGGCACUUGCGGUGGUCUUUCUUGCGAACGCGGCGCUUUGACACGGACUGAGAAAGCUCUUAAAGUCGCUAAGGAUACCGAAUUGGAAAUUAAAGAAAAAAAGGAUCAGGCUGAUCAAACUAUUAGAUCUCUAUUUCAAGCAAAAGUAAACGCUUCUGAUGCCUACCAAAAGGCUAAGGAUGCGCACGAGGAUGCCGAAACCUAUUUGAAUCGCACCGAAUUGAACAAGAAGCGAGGUGAAGAUAUGAUACAAAACUUAACGGAAUUUUUAGAAAAUAAUGUAGCUUUGCCCACCGAAACUAAAGAGCUAGCUCAGAAAACUCUAACCUUAGACUUGACCUUAGAUCCACUGGAAAUACAAACGUUAGGAGGCAAAAUUAAUGAUGCUGUAUCUUCAUUGAAAAAUGUGGAAGGUAUUAUUUAUAAUACACGAUCUGAUCUGGCCAGAGUUAACGAAUUGCAAGCGAAGGCGAAUGCUACUAAGGAAACAGCUAACGAAAUCCUUGGUACCGCCAAUACAGUGGUAGAAAAUCUUAAUGAUGCCGACUUAUCACAGGGAAAAGCCCAAGAAGCGAUACUGGAAGCUAAUAGUAAUAUAGAGCUCGCAGCGAAGGAUUUAGAUCAAAUUGACGCUGAAACCAGCCAAGCGGAAGCACCUGCUAACAUAACGGCGCAACAAGUGGAGGAAUUGGCGAAAAAAGUCAAUUACCUGCAAAAGAAUAUUCUGAAAAAUGAAUUAGAUGCUAAAGACGUGAAAAAUGAGGCAGAUAGUGUGAAGUUACUGUCGCAAAAUGCUCAUUCCGAUGCUUUAAAAUUGCAAUACUCCUCGAGUGCAGCCAAUGAAACGCUUACCAAUCGUGCCCGGCAAUCGGAAAGUGCACGAGAACGAGCCAAACAAUUACUGCAGAGAGCUUCUAAAUUAACGGUAGAUACCAAGGAAAAAUUAAGGGAAUUGAAAUUUAUGCACGAAACAUACGAUGAGAAAAACGAUAAAUUGCAACAAUUGCAAGAGGCUUUAAAACCUCUCCACGAGGAGUUAGCUCAACAUCUAAAGAAUAUACAAAUGAAUGCUGAUCGUUAUCGACAAUGUUCGUCCUAAAAACUCAUUUAGUUUAUUAUUAUCAUAAUUUUUUGAUAUAGAAAUCCUCACAACGACCUUUCUUAGCAUUUAUAAAUGUAUCAAAGAUUCAGCCUAUAAUGCAUUUUUCGAGCAGUUGUUUAUUUGAAAAAGAAAAGAAUGCCAUUCAUAAUCUAAUGCUUUAAGUACGUACAUAGGUAUAUAUAUCUGCCAUAAAAGCCAUAACUAAACAAAAAAAUUAUAUUUUAAAAGAAACUUUUACCUAAUUCAAGCCAAUUUAUAUAUAUUUGUAAUUAGAUUUUACAUUUAAGAGCAUCCAAUAAUUUUUAACCUUUUUUUUGUUUGAUUCGAUCUAAAGGAGACGUUUUCUCAAUUUUAUAGUGAUUUAUGAAUUUUAUUUUUUCAUUGUGUUUAAACGUGUAAUAAUUUAAUUGCCACAGAAUAACUAAGUAUAUUAAAGUGUAUAAAAACAAUUUAAAAAA